GUGUUGUAGCCGAGAACACGUGGGAUGUGCUAAAGUUGGGGAUUUGGACUUGAUUCGAUUUAACCAGAAGAGAACCUGGACGCAAUGGUUCUUUUUUCUGUCUUUCAGAUCUUGCGAAAAUUUCGUAGUACUUUCAGCCAAAGGGUCGUUGCAUACUUUACCGUAGCGAUCCUGGGCCAAAAGCUUACUCGCCAUAAUGGCAUCAUCUUCAGCCGAUUUCUUCGCUCGUGUUAGCACAAGUUGCCAAGAUGAACCCAUCGCCCCGGGCACGAGCAGCGUAGUGUCGGCCACUAUAAUAGAAGAGAAAUGCAACGACAUCGCCCGCCGUAGAUACCCGACCGAGGCGAUACGCCCCGUUCCGUUUCAGGGCGGAUGCUCCUAUUCGCUGCUUGCUGGCGAUUCCAAGGUGCUCCAGUAUCGCCUGGGCACCGACUUUCUGGAUCUGAGCAUUAUCAAGCAGGCAAGACAGGUCUAUGCUGACCUAGUGCCAAACUCGGAGUACCUAGGGCCUGUCGAGGUCUUUGCUAUAGACCCGGCGAACCCAAUCAACUUGAACUUAUACGUCCAUGACCGCAUCGGCGGUGUUUCGCUCGCCGAGUAUCGCCUCGGGAGCCAGGACAAACCUCCAAAUCGGCGGUACGCUGAUAGGGAAGCGCUGGUCCGGGAGUUUGCCCGUUUUGUGGCAAAAGGGUGCAAUCAGAGAGUCGAACAGCCUCCACCGACCCUCGGCCGCGUCGGCAGCUCGCUCCACCACCGACUCGAGAUUCUCCGUGACAGACUACCCGAGCGCUUUCAGCCCUUUGCGAGAAGUUCUAUAGACUACCUGCGCGAGACCGAGGGCACGAUGCCGUGGGUCCUGACGCACGGCGACGUCGUUCCCGGCAACAUCAUGGUGGACCCGCAAGGCCCGCAAAUCUCGGGCGUUUUGGACUGGGCAGAAGCCGAGUGGCUCCCGAUGGGCGUCCAGCUCUACGGGCUCGAGGAGCUUCUGGGCGAGUCCACGGGAGGAGAUUCGAGCACGCAGUACCCGCCGCCCAUGAGCGUGUUUCGGUACUUUGCCGACGUGCAGCAGCUGAGAGGGGCCUUUUGGGAAGAGAUGGAUCGCUCCUGGACGGGGACGCUCACGUCGACGCUCCGCCAACAUCUUUCCAAGUGCCGCGUGAUCGGAGUGUUACUCUGGCACGGCAUCGCAUGGGACGGUGGGAAGCUCGAUCGAGUGGUAGAGGAGGGCAUCGACGAUGCCGAGAUACAGCGGCUCGACUUGUUCCUUCUGGGUAAAGAUGCUCCUCAUGAAGAUGCGGUCAGCCUCGUCGAUAAAAUCUCAAGCGACACUAAGCCCAUAGCGAUAGAGCCAUCAGAGGACUCCAUGCUGGACGACAUCCUAGACGACGAAGACGCCCAAGUUGCCCGGCAGGAGAAUCCCGAGCAAAAGCCUUCAUUCGGGCGGGCCCGCGUCGGCCAGUUUUCCGUGCCACGCGAAGCUGGGCGUGACAAGAAACCCGGGUUCGGAAGGCGGCUUUUAAACUUUGUGACCUGCCGAGGAAAGUUGUGAAACGCGCUCGCUCUUUUUCCCAACAGGGACACGCACAUCGGGGCUGUUCUUGGGGCUUUUUUUUUUUCCUUUCUUUUUCUUUAUCUCUUCGUCUCUCUGAAGUAGCACCGGACCCCCCCCCC